CUUGAGCAGACCACAACAACAAGAUAUUCGCACCAUCACCUUUCUUACUGUGAUAUCUGCAAAUUCAUUUGCACGUCUGAAAAAUGCCUCCUAAACGUGCUGGAUCCUCUCGCGCACCCUCUCGCGCCGCGAGUGAAAAGCCUACUGUCAAUGGGACUGCAUUAAAGCCAGCAGCUGGCCGUGGCCGUCCCAAGAGCACCGAACCGAAGCUCAACGGAACCGCAACGAAGAACGCGAAGAAGUCGGCAACGCCAGCUCCAGCUGAGAAGCCCGAUUUGAAGCGCAAAAAGGAAGAUGAUAUCGAGGAGGAGCCUGCCCCGAAGCGCAAGAGGGACGCCACAACUGAGCCAGAAUCAAAGCCCAAGAAGGUUAAAACCCAGGCAACCAAAGUUGUGAAGGACACGAAGCCCAAGCCUAAAGGCCCUGUCCGUCGCAGCGGCAAGAAGACCGAGAUCAACGCGCUUCGAUACACCGAACCUUUGAAGGUUUUCGUCUUUGGCGAAGGAGGCAAUGGCGAGCUUGGCUUAGGCGCGUUCAAGAAGGCCAAAGACGUCAAGCGACCUCGAUACAAUGAGCAGCUAACCAACUUGGAUGUUGUGCGCAUUGCUACUGGUGGCAUGCACGUCAUCGCAUUGACCAAGGACAACAAGAUCCUCACUUGGGGUGUUAACGACAACGGCGCGCUUGGUCGAGACACAUCAGCAGCUUCCGUGACGAUGAAGGACAUGGGCGAUGGAGCCGGCUCAGACUCAGAUUCGGAAGACGACCCAACUGGCGGUCUCAACGAACAGGAGGCCAACCCCUUGCCCGUAUCUGCAGAACAUUUCCCUGAAGAUACAGUCUUUGUCGACGUCGCUGCUGGCGAUAGCUGCUCUUUCGCGCUCACCACCGAAGGUGCCGUCUAUGGCUGGGGAACGUUCCGCAAGAACGAGGGUGUUCUGGGAUUCACCAGGUCUAUCGAAACUGCCCGUACCCCGAUCUAUAUCGAAAGCCUAAAGAAGAUCACUGACAUUGCUUGUGGAACAAACCAUGUGCUGGCCCUCGAUAAAGACCAACAUGUGUGGGCUUGGGGCAAUGGUCAGCAAAACCAGCUCGGGCGCCGUGUGACUGAGCGCUCUCUCAUCGAAGCAUUACUUCCCAACCGUGUGGGUUUCCAUGAUAGCUCAGUCUCCCGUCCCAGUCAGCGGAUCAGCAAAAUUGCUUGUGGCGAUUACCACGGCGUUGCCAUCGCUACUGACGGACACGUUUGGGCCUGGGGUGCCAACAACUACGCGGAAACCGGAUACCCUGACAAUGCUGGAGAUGACAAUGCGAACGUGUCCGCCCCUCAAGUUGUUCACAGCCUUGAGGGUAAGCAAGUCGAAUCCGUCGUUUGCGGUUCGCAUCACAAUAUUGCACGAACUGCCACUGGUCAGCUCCUUGCAUGGGGACGUUGUGAUGGGUUCCAGACUGGUGUUCCCAUGGAUCAACUGAACGCCAUCGAUGAUGAGUCCAUCCUUCUCAAGAGUGGCGGCAACAAGCCUAAGAUCCUCAUCCAGCCUACAGCUAUUGCUGGCUUGGAUAGCAUUGUCGAGGUUGCCUGCGGUCCGGAGCACACCAUUGCCAUCAACAGCGAAGGAAGGGCGUAUUCUUGGGGUUUCUCUGCCAAUUACCAGACCGGGCAGGGCACCGACGAUGACGUCCAGCUCCCUACUCUCAUUGACAACACUGCUGUUCGUGAGACGAAGCUCGUCUGGGCUGGAGCCGGAGGUCAGUACUCCGUUGUUGCCAGUCGAAAAUAAGCCUAGCGUCUUUCGCCCCCUUAUAUCACCAGAUGGAUCGUUGUGCUCUAGGUUACAGUUUCACGGAAUGAUGCAUGGUGGCAUGGUACCGGAAUAUAUGUUUUGUUUAUAUACCCGCAAACGAAAAUGUCGGGCAGGCGUUAUGUUCUUGGUCAUGGGUUUUCUUUAGGUUGUGCAUAGCGUGGUCUCCUUCUUUUCUUCGAGCAUAACGGCUCUUUGCGCAUAUUCAGCCCUUGCAAGUCCGAUUGCAUUCGCAGCGCUAGCGUUGAGCCGCAGCUGAUAAUUUGCUCAUUUCAUCCCUCAAGGCCUUCUACUGGCGACGAUGGAUACAGGUUGCUUCAAAGGGCAUCAGAGGGCAUUUCCUCCAUUUCCUCGGAAUGAGAUUGUAAUAGUAGUUUGGUUUUGCUCAGUUCGUCUAGACCAUUUCUAUGUUAUAAACUGGAUGUAUAACUGAAUAUACUCCCUCCAACUGAUUGAA